GUUGACCCAUCAAUUCCUACUUACUGAAACUGUCCCUUCUGAGAUUAUAGAGCAUUCUAUCAUAACCUCCAUUUUUUCCUUGUAUCCAUUUCAUAAUCCAAAAUAAUCAGAAAUCUUACUCGGAAAACUAUAAUAUAAGCGCUUCAUUUUAGACAUUAGAAUAUACUACAAGCAACCUCCGAAAUUCUCCACUAAAUGCUCUCAACCUUUUGUAACAAAUCCCAAAAUAAGUAAAUCUAAUAUUUUGCUUUAAAUAACAAAAAGAUACAGAGAGGCUUUGUGGUUCCUAAAGUCCCUCCCCAUCAGCAAAACCUAUUAUCGUUUUCAAAACUGAAGGACAGCCAAAAUGAAUAAUACUUGGAAAAACAGAAAAAAUACUAUUAAUGGCCAUUCAUAAGCAAAAACUCCUAAACUUUCUUGCUAAAGAAGAAACUCAGAACCUAAAAGAAUAGACAGAGGAAUAAAAAAAUUGUUGAGAACCUAAAAGAAUACUAUUAACAUUGUAUUUCUCUUCCUGGUUGAUCGAACUUACUUCCUCUCCCCUUAUUGCAACAAUGGGUAAUUGUUGCGCUCAUGGACGAGAAGAACCCACGCAGGAAAAAGGACUCGGAGACGGUGCAGAAGCCUCUGUGAAAGCCUCGAGACACUCACCAGCAUCUCCUCCUCCCGCAACCAAACAAGGCCCCAUAGGACCUGUCUUAGGCCGACCAAUGGAAGAUGUAAAAAGCUCAUAUUCAUUAGGGAAAGAGCUUGGUCGUGGGCAGUUCGGUGUAACCUAUCUCUGCACGCAAAAGGCCACGGGACUCCAAUUCGCGUGCAAGACCAUUGCCAAAAGGAAGCUGGUGAACAAGGAAGACAUCGAGGACGUAAGAAGAGAGGUGCAGAUAAUGCAUCACUUGACGGGUCAACCAAACAUCGUGGAGCUCAAAGGAGCCUACGAGGAUAAGCACAACGUGCAUCUGGUUAUGGAGCUUUGCGCUGGAGGAGAGUUGUUUGAUAGGAUUAUAGCCAAAGGGCAUUACUCUGAGAGAGCCGCGGCUUCGUUGCUAAGGACCAUUGUUCAGAUUAUCCAUACUUGUCAUUCAAUGGGGGUUAUUCAUAGGGACUUGAAGCCUGAGAACUUUUUGUUGCUUAACAAAGAAGAGAACUCUCCUCUCAAGGCAACGGACUUUGGGCUUUCCGUGUUCUACAAGCCAGGAGAGGAAUUUAAAGAUAUUGUUGGAAGUGCUUAUUACAUUGCACCUGAGGUUUUGAAGAGGAAGUAUGGACCAGAGGCUGAUAUUUGGAGCAUUGGUGUCAUGUUGUAUAUCCUCCUUUGUGGUGUUCCACCUUUCUGGGCUGAGUCGGAGAAUGGGAUUUUCAACGCCAUUUUAAGUGGACAGAUUGAUUUUGCAAGUGAUCCAUGGCCAGCUAUUUCCCACCAGGCUAAGGAUCUUGUUAGGAAGAUGCUUAACUCUGAUCCAAAACAAAGAUUAACCGCUGCUCAAGUUCUCAACCAUCCGUGGAUUAAGGAGGAUGGAGAAGCACCAGAUGUUCCUCUUGACAAUGCUGUGAUGUCAAGGCUCAAGCAAUUCAAAGCAAUGAACAACUUUAAGAAAGUUGCUUUAAGGGUGAUAGCCGGGUGCUUAUCAGAAGAAGAAAUCAUGGGCUUGAAGGAGAUGUUCAAAGGUAUGGACACUGAUGACAGCGGAACAAUAACUCUUGAGGAACUAAGACAAGGACUUGCCAAGCAAGGGACAAGGUUAUCUGAAUACGAAGUCCAACAGUUAAUGGAAGCUGCUGAUGCGGACGGUAAUGGAACAAUAGACUAUGGAGAGUUCAUAGCAGCAACAAUGCACAUCAACAGACUUGACAGAGAAGAGCAUCUCUUCUCAGCCUUCCAGCACUUUGACAAAGACAACAGUGGAUAUAUCACAAUGGAAGAGCUGGAGCAAGCCCUGAGGGAGUUUGGUAUGAGUGACGGCAGAGACAUUAAGGAAAUCAUUUCUGAAGUUGAUGGAGACAACGAUGGGAGGAUAAACUAUGAGGAGUUUGUGGCAAUGAUGAGGAAAGGAAACCCUGAUCCGAACCCUAAGAAGCGGCGUGAACUGUCUUUUGACACAACUUGAAGAAACUAAGUCAGAGGCACAUGAAAAAAAAAAUGAAGAAGAAGAAAAGUUGUUAUUGUAAAGUAGGCUUGGGUUGCUCAUGAUUCAACUGGAGAAGAGAGAUGUAUGGGAUUAGGGAGGUGUUUCAUGUUCGUAAAUAUAUGU